AACACUUCCGGAGGUGCGGGGACGACUCCGCCGGAGGAAGCAGCGCGGGCCCGACCUGUGUCCGCUGACGCCUCCGCUGCCGCUACGCCCCAGUCAGACUCUUUUGGCCCGGCUUGACCUGGUCUGGUCGGCCUGGGCUCUGCGGCCGCAAGGCCGCGGCUUCCGAUGGAAAUCAUAUGAAACAGACUAUUUGGGUGGUACCUUCAGGAAAGAUCUUUAAAAACUGCAGAAGACAAAAAGCGCUAAUGCAUUUGAGAAAACAAUAAAAGUUGGAGGGAGGAAAAAAAGCAACUGAUUUCCUGACCUGCAACUUGGCUGGAUAUUAAGAUGUCCGUGGACAUGAACAGCCAGGGGUCUGACAGCAAUGAAGAGGACUAUGACCCAAACUGUGAGGAAGAGGAAGAGGAAGAGGACCCUGGGGACAUAGAGGACUACUAUGUGGGAGUAGCCAGUGAUGUGGAGCAACAGGGGGCUGAUGCUUUUGACCCUGAAGAGUACCAGUUCACUUGCUUGACCUAUAAGGAGUCUGAGGGUGCCCUCCAUGAGCAUAUGACCAGCUUAGCCUCUGCCUUAAAGGUAUCUCAUUCAGUUGCAAAACUUAUAUUAGUUAAUUUCCACUGGCAAAUCUCAGAGAUUCUGGACAGGUACAGGUCUAAUUCUGCUCAGCUGCUUGUGGAGGCUCGAGUUCAGCCUAAUCCAUCAAAGCAUGUCCCCACAGUCCAUCCUUCUCACCACUGUGCAGUGUGUAUGCAGUUUGUGCGGAAGGAAAACCUACUCUCUCUGGCCUGCCAACAUCAGUUUUGCCGAAGCUGCUGGGAGCAGCAUUGCUCAGUACUUGUCAAGGACGGUGUUGGUGUAGGAGUCUCGUGUAUGGCUCAGGAUUGUCCACUCCGAACACCAGAGGACUUUGUGUUUCCCUUGCUUCCCAAUGAAGAAUUGAGAGAUAAAUACAGGCGCUACCUCUUUAGGGACUAUGUGGAGAGUCAUUACCAGCUCCAGCUGUGCCCUGGUGCAGACUGCCCCAUGGUUAUUCGGGUACAAGAGCCUAGAGCUCGCCGAGUGCAGUGCAAUCGAUGCAACGAGGUCUUCUGUUUUAAGUGUCGACAGAUGUAUCACGCCCCCACAGACUGCGCCACAAUCCGGAAAUGGCUCACGAAGUGUGCAGAUGACUCUGAAACAGCUAACUACAUCAGUGCUCACACUAAAGACUGUCCCAAGUGCAACAUCUGUAUUGAGAAGAACGGAGGCUGCAAUCACAUGCAAUGCUCCAAGUGUAAGCACGACUUCUGCUGGAUGUGUCUAGGAGAUUGGAAGACACACGGCAGUGAAUACUAUGAGUGUAGUCGGUACAAGGAGAAUCCCGACAUUGUCAACCAGAGCCAGCAAGCCCAGGCCAGGGAGGCCCUCAAGAAGUACUUGUUCUACUUUGAGAGGUGGGAAAACCACAACAAAAGUUUACAGCUAGAGGCACAGACAUACCAGCGGAUUCAUGAAAAGAUUCAAGAGAGGGUUAUGAACAAUUUGGGAACGUGGAUUGACUGGCAAUAUCUGCAGAACGCUGCUAAGCUGUUGGCCAAGUGUCGAUACACCCUGCAGUACACCUAUCCAUAUGCCUACUACAUGGAGUCUGGUCCCAGGAAAAAGCUGUUUGAAUACCAGCAGGCUCAACUGGAGGCUGAGAUCGAGAACCUCUCAUGGAAAGUUGAGCGUGCAGACAGCUAUGACAGAGGGGACUUGGAAAACCAAAUGCACAUAGCGGAGCAGCGGAGAAGAACCCUGCUGAAGGAUUUUCACGACACCUAAGCUGGCUGUGGGUGUGCCGGGGUGAGGAAGAUGUAGCUGUGAGGCCUUCCGGCUACCGUACUGCAUGCUGCAGGCUCUGCCUUUCACGACCCCAGGCAACAGCCAGGGCCCCACUCCUGAGAGACACUGGCAACACACCUCUUAGUCAAUUUGUUUUCUCCUUAUCUUUUUGCUUUUUGUUUCUACCAGGGAAGAGGCCAUGUUGAACUAGCCUCUAGUAAGGACUUUUAAAUUCUCCCUGGAUGGUUGUUGGGAGGGAGGGAACUUUUUUUUUCCUGAGUGGCUAUUAAUAGUAUUAGAUCAUUACAACUUAUGUAAUUUUCAAAGGUUGUACGAUUUGAAAGAAAAGAAGGCAAACCAUAAGAUAACACAGAGCCCUUUUGAAAAUAAAUUGGCAUUGGAGUGUUUACCCUCUAGCUACUUUACUUAGAAUGUAACUUGAUGCUGCCCACCCACGGAGCCUCAGAAUGUCUGCUGCCAGGGUCCCUGGGGUGGUCUCUGCUGUCCAGCAUCCUGUGUGACCUUAGCUGGGGUCCCAAGAGAAGAGUGUGGGUGGCAGAUGGUGGGGAACUGAGUUGGCCUGCAUAACAGUCACAGAGUACAGAGUCAUGUACCUCCUGCCUUAGCUGGGCAGGAAGGGCACAGAGCAGAGCAGGGUCUCACUGUGGGCUUGCUUUUAUUGAAUGUGAGACUCACUGAGUCGAGCCACCAAGCCUGAACCCACGGCAGAGCAGAGGUUGGCGUUUGCACCUCCAGACUGGGAGCCUAGUUCAGCAUGGUGCUUCCUUUUGUCUCAAAGAUAAGAGAUCCACCUUUGAAAGGACUUGUUCCCCAAAAUAAGUUUCCUUUUCUUUGGUUGUUCCUUUUGAUCCAGUAUUCAAGUGGUGUACUCUGACCAGGGUCACAUGUGGCCAUGUCUGACACUGUCUUAAUGUGUUCUUGUGAACAUGAAGGUCAGAGAUCAGUGUGGCCCUUCCAAGGGCAUGGGCCUUGUGGCUCAACAGCUAGGUUUGCACAAGUUAUUUUUAUGUUAACCUGGAGUGUGGCCAGAAACUUCUCUGGGGUGGGGUGUGUUCCCCUUUGCCUAGUUGCAGCGAUCAGAGGACCCCAUCUCUAAGGUCUGGGAGUCUAAGGCUGGGCAGCCCCUGGUUUGUGGUCCCAGUUCCUGUACAAGAAGGGGCUGGCCAGAGGGAAGGACCGGUCCUUGCACAGUCGAGUGUAAGGAACAGGCAGCGUGCCUGCUGUCCUUCCUGUCUUGAACCUGGUCCUGUGGGCCUUUGAAAAGUUAGAUCUGUGAUCUCUGGGUUUUCUGUGGCUUUGUUCAGUGCCUCCCCUCUAAGACUGGCAGAGCUGUCUAUACUUGACAGGGCCUCCUUGGACUCCUGGGAGAGCCCAUAGAGAAAUCUGUGAAUAUUACGAUGCAGACUCUUGGAUAUUCAUACAUUUCACCUCCUGUCAGCAAUUACCUAGGUACCAUGUAAAGCUGUAAAAUUGAGUUGUUUUCAAGACAGGUGACAGCUGUGACUGUUGGGUACUCGGCCAGCUGUACAUUCUUUCACCUCCUCAGGUUUUGCCUCUUCAUGUUGUCCCCGACAAUGAGGGGUGUGGGGUGAACUGGGAGAAGUGGUUUAGUAAAUAGUGCUUGAACCCCAAAUAAAAGUGGGAGACAGUUGUAAACAAGGAGUGUUCCUUCCCGCUGCAGGGUCCGGGGGUGGCAUGUGAAGUCUGUGCUGAGUCACGGACUUCUCCAUCAAGUCCUUUCAGUGGCCCUGGCAUGGGACCAGAGCUGCAGCUCCGCAUCCUAAAGCCCCUGGGCACUUCCUGAACUGCACAGCUGCAUUGCUCCUACUCCUGGGCUGCGGCCCGACCAUUGGCACUGCAGGAGGCUCUGUCAGCCAGAGCUGGUGGGGCUGCACCUGUGGAGGCCGCCUUUUGUUAACAUGAUCAGGGACAUCUGAAAGGUCAGCCAGAGGUGGUUCUUUUCUUUUUUUUUCCUUUUUUUUUUUUUUUUUUUUUUUUGUUUUUUUGUUUUUUGUUUUUUUUUUGUUUUUGUUUUUGUUUGGUUUGGUGUUUUGCCCUGCAAGGGGUAGAGAAAGAUGUGUUUUCAUGAACUGACCAGAUCCUUGUUUUUCUUCAAAGAAAAGUUGAGGCGAUGUCAUCUGCUCAAAUUUGAGUGGCUUAUUCAAAAUAAACUGAGUUUCUGAUUAUA